AUGGCAAAAUCGCGUGCUCCAGCCCAAUCCCCAAGGGAAGAUAUGGGAUGCCUGGUGUCUACACCGCAGGAUUCAGGUGGAAAUAGAAGGAGACCAGGGAGUAUAGGGGAAGUUUCUGUUUAUGUACCUGGUUUUCGGACACCUAAGCCUGUUGAUUUCUCUCAGUCACUUGGUGACCUCUUGCCGAAUAACUUAGUGGAACGGCUAUCUGCUUUAAGAACUCGUAUUGUAGUUAUGGCUGGCCAAGAAGCACCAACAGUCUCAAGAACAAGAAGAAAAAAUGCUACACAACAUGGAGGUUCAACAUUGGCCGAUCUUCAUCAGGCUCUUGAAGAUUACUUGCCUGUUCUGUUGGGAUUAGUUAAAGAUAGAAGCCAGCUACAACACAAUGUGCAAUUUGUGUGGAUGAAUCAAGAGGAUGAAGCAGAGGAAACAGCAAUUUCUAAUGCAUGGUAUGAGGUGUUGUCAGUUUUGCACUUGAUGGCAAUGCUAUCACUUUCACAGGCCAACUUGUUACUUCUUCCAAGAACAUCUGCUGAUGGUUAUCAGCCAAAAGUAUCGGAAGGUGUCGUAGACAGAGGCAUUAAUCUAAUUAAUGGGAUAAAUACUGGCAACAUGAAAGAUUUGCCAGUGGACCUUGAGGAAGGUGUUCUUAGAGCUCUUUGCCUUCAAGCACUUGGGGAGGGUGUUGAUAUCCAACUAGGAAUGGCAAUUGAUAGUGCCAAAGCUACUCUUGCAGUGAAGCGAAGGCUUGCUUGUGAGAUGGUAAAAUACUGGCAGCAGGCUGCAGCAUACUAUUAUCAUGGCUUAAUCCUUGACGAGGGGAACACAGAGAAGUCUCAUGGGAUGGCUGUAGCUGCUUUGCAAGCUGCAGAUGAGUAUUUUAAAGAAAGUAAGAGAGCAUGUGAGGCAUUUAAUGCAGCUUCUCCUUUGUCAAGAAACCCACCACUUUGGGGAACCAUGAAAUACCUCUCUGAGAAAAUUCCAAAAGAUACUUCUAGCAAGGUGCGGAUAAACCGCGAUCUAUACUCCCAUGAAAGCAGAAUCAUGGAGACAGCACCAACCUUGCCGGAUUUUGCUUUGGCGCUGAAACCUGAUGAAUUUCUGCUUCCUCCAGUGGAUCCCUCCUGGAAUGAGGAGAAUGUAGGUGCUGGACAAGCCGGUUCCAACCAAUCGAAGGGCGAGCGAAGGAUUGACAGCAUUAGAGCAGCUUCCGCUUCAGGUGCUCCAUCAAAUAGCCAUCUUGAAAGUAAUUUCCAGUCUAAGCUCAUGUUGCCUGCAUGUGGUGCUGAUGAUACCGCUCGUUCUGCUUCUGAAUGGCAAUGA